AUGAGUGAUCAGCUAAUGCGUAUAUGCUCAGUUGGCGGCAAUCCCGUCUCGGCCUUCUUAUCGUGGAGGCUCCAGGCCACCAACGCCUGCGACGUGACGCUGGUAUGGAAAUCGGGUUUUGAGCACGUUGCCCAGUAUGGCAUCUCGUUCAAGUCAUCCACAUUCGGGAAUGAGCGCUUUAAGCCGCGGCAUGUUGUUCGAAAUCCAGAAGAUGCUGCGGGCAACCGAGACGGCCCCUUCGAUUACGUCAUCCUUUGCGUAAAGGCUCUUCCUGAUGUCUACGAUCUCGCCGCCGUCAUCGAAUCCGUUGUUACUCCUCAGCAUACUUGUAUUCUUGUCAACACCACACACACGCUCGGAAUCGAGGCCGCAAUUGAGGAACGCUUCCCAACCAAUGUCGUCCUAUCGCUCGUCUCUGGGGCUGAGCUUACGCAGCUUGGCCAGAGCGAGUUUGAGCACAAGGGAUCAACUGAUGUCUGGGUCGGCCCUGCCAGCCGGAAUGCCAAUAUCCCACAGUCCAUCCAAGAGGACAUGGCCCAGGCCAUUUCCAUGACGCUUAGUUCCGGCCAAGUCAACAGUCAAGUAUCCAACAACAUCCGACAACAGCAAUAUGAGAGAGUUAUUGGACCGAUUGCUUUCCAUCCUAUCAGUGUAAUAUUCGAGACAUCCAGUCAUGUAGCGCUCCUCGAGAAGAUAGGAGUAAAAGAUAUGAUCUCCGAGGUCAUUGACGAACUACUGCACCUUGCCGAGGCCAAUGGCUGCAAAUUCGCGCCCAAUUUUAAGCAGUCAAUCAUGGAUGACAUGGCAAAACCGAACCAACCCGAAAGCAUCAUGUGGCAAGACUUCAUCGCCCGGCGACCAAUGGAGGUCGAGACAUACCUCGGCUCACCCAUCAGACUCGCUCGGGAUGCCAAAGUCUCUGUACCCCGGAUUGAAACUCUUUAUGCCAUCCUCCACAAUCUCAACAUUGUCAACCGAAACCGGCCGAAGCAGGAUGCGGCGCCCGUCGGCAACGGACCUAGCUCACCAAACAAUCCAUCUCCAUAUCCACCUCGAGGCCCAUCACAGGCCGGCUUUCGCCCAAUGAUGCCCAAUGGCAACGGGAUGCCACCUCGCCAGCCACGACCUAGAACAUCGUCCAACUUUAGCAACGCGGGAGGCAUGCGUAGGCCUCCGCCUAAUGCAAAUGGCGGCCCCAAUGGCUAUGGAAGGCCACCACAGAUGAACGGCGGGGGCUCUCGAGCCGCGUCCCGACGUGGCUCAAUGGAAGGCAAUGAUUUGGAGGAGUUUUCCCACCUCGUACUGUACGACGAUAUCCCAGAGGGCCAGGAACAGUCUUUUGGUACCGACAACUCGGAUCUCGCUCUCAGAGAGCGAGAGCUACAGCUGCGGCAACGCGAACUGGCUUUGAGAGAGCAGGAGAUGCGGAUGAGGCGUGGCCCUCCUCCCCCUCAAGCAUCUGCGCCUCCCUCUCGCCGAGGACCGCCACCAUCCAGGGGAGGAUUUGACGACGACGACGAAGACGACGAUUACUUCGACCCAUCCAUGACCGCCAACGUCCCCAUGAUAGACCCAGACAACUUCGACAUGAUGAGUGUCACCUCAAGGAAAAACCGCAAGGUGCCUGGGCCGUCUCAAACCCAGAUGCGACGAAACCCCGAAGGAGACGCGCCGCCGUCCAAGAGUAGCAGGUUCCGACCCUUUGGUCGCAAUCGUUCCAGCCAAAUGAGCCAAAUAAGCCAAAUGCCCACGGUGAAUGACAACAUCCUCGAUGACCCGCUGCUAAGCUUCACAUCGAACCGAUACGGAGCGGUGGACCGCGGCGCAAUGAGCGCAGGUUCUCGUGCCAACUCUUUGACUGCCUCUCGGUUAGACGAGAUGCAAUUUGGCCCUGGAGGGGGCGGCGGUCAAACUAUGACUAUGACCAGUGGUUACCCUCGACGAACUAGCCAUUCGCCGGGAAAUCAGUACAGCCCUUCGAUGCGAGGUGGAAAUGGCAGACCAUCGCCACCAAAUGGAUUCGGCCCUACCAACGGCCAACCUUCACCACCUAACGGCAUGAGACAGCCCGUUCCCCGUUACCCACCGGGUCAAGGCACCGUGGUCGCGCCUCAGCAAGUUGAACAACAGGUCGGGGUGAGCUCUCUCAAUCCCCCCAAGUCUAGAAAUGGUCAUAGUCUGACUGGCAGUGCGAGUGCUAGCGCGGACAGUGGUGAAUUCGGCUCAGAACGAUCGGCAUACAGCAGCCAAGGCAGUCUUCAACAGCAGCAGUACCAAGGACAGUGA